AUGGAUUUUUGUCAAAAAAUUACCAAGUUUGAUAUGGCACCUGUUGAUAUAGCCGGCCCAAUAGUAAAAGAUGGUACCUUACAGAAGAAACCAAUUAAUUUUGUGAAUCUUGCUGUUGGUGCUGGUUUUUGGGAACCAUAUAGCCACAAUACUACUUAUAAUGGUUUGAAUAUGUUCGAAGUGUCUACCCUUGGGCAACCAUUUGAAGUUACUAAAACACAUUUGGCAGCUAACUGUAACGAUGUUGAGGUUACUCAUCAUAAAGCACCUGCUGGUCAAGAAACCUCAACAUUAAAAGUUGCAGCUGAUGUUUGGAGAAAAGAGGUAAUUCGUGGUAUAAAUAAAGUUGUUGAUGCUGUAGCUCUAAGACAAUGUACAGAUUGGGCUAGUAGAUUUAGAUCAACAAGGUUAAGUGAAACUGCUAUCUGGAUAAUACGAAAUGGUGAGGUGGUUGGUUAUUCUAGACCAUUGUCACUCAUUCAAAAAAUUUUAGCAAGUGCCCUUAGUGGUGGCUUGUCUUGUUGGAAUCAAUCAAUUGAAGUUACUCGUGUGAAAAUGAAAUCUCAAGUACAAACACCAAGACGUCCUAAAAAUAUGACAAUUGUAUCAUCAAUCUGUAUGAUGUUUGGUGGUGAUUAUGUCAAGGGUAUAAUUGCCCAAAGACAAUUAACUCAAAACAUUUAG